UGCACUUCCUUACAUUUCUCAGUUUCUACAACACACAAACAAACAAACAAUCCUAAAUAUUCUCAUAGCCAUACCCUCAAGCUAUUCUUACCUUACAGAGCAAGUCAAGCCAUGCAUUUGCCACCCUCUCUCUCUCCACCCCCUCAUCCCUCUCUUUCUCCAAAUCUGCUUUCCACUUUCUCUAUCUAGAAUUCCAAAUCUCUCACAUCAUUGCCUGUCGGCAUUAGAGACCCUUUUCAUUCUGCCAAAAAACAAAAAUAAAAAUUUCCCAAAACAGCUUUAAUUAUUGUUGUGAUAUGUCCAAAAGAAAUGGGUUUGUUCUUAAUUUUGUACUGCUCUUGGUUUCUUCGUCUGUUUUCUCUCACAAAUCUGUAGUUUUUGGGUCCCCUGUUUCGGAACAGAGCUUCAAAAGACCCGAUCCUUUGCGGCAUUUCAAAUUGUACAAGGGAGGUUAUGAUCUUACCAACAGACAUUACUGGGCUUCAGCAGCAUUUACAGGGAUCCAUGGCUACGCGAUUGCUGGAGUUUGGGUGAUAUGUGGGCUGGGGUUUGGGACUUACCUUACCCUCAAAAAUUUCAUUGGCAGUAGCUCGGCUUCCUCUUCACUUCCCCAACAUUCAGAAUCUUCCUAUAUCAUAAUGUUCUUGCUCCUUAUUCUCUUCUCCAUCCUGGCCAUAGUCGCGACGGGUUUAGCGAUAGCAGCAAACCAGAGCUGCCUACACAGAACUAAAACCCUAAAAGAAACCGUUCUCGGAGCCGGCGGCGAUGCCCGUAAAACCAUCCGAAACGUGACUGACACCAUGAAUAACAUGCUAAACCUUUUGCUUCCCUACGAUUCCAAAACAUGCCGUCUCUUGAAUUACACAAGUCAUCAGCUCGCUAGGGAAUCGCGAUUGAUUCGAACUUUUGUUCACAAGAAUGACCACACAAUCAACAGAGCUAUUCAAUUAUCGUACAUUGCAAAUCUUGUGGUUGUCACUGUCAAUUUGGCGUCUUUAGCUGCUGCAAUAGUUCUGCUCUUCUUGCACUGGCACCCGGGAUUUCUCAUUAUAAUUCUUUUAUGCUGGAUCUUCACAACUCUAUGUUGGGUUCUUACUGGCUUUGAUUUCUUCUUUCACACCUUUGCAGAUGAUACUUGUUCAGCCCUCCAGAAUUUUGAACAAAACCCUCAGAAUAACAGUCUGAGCUCAAUACUUCCAUGUGCAAAUUCUUCAUCUUUUGACAAAGUUUUCAAGGACAUUGGUUAUACUGUUCAUACUUCUAUAACUGAGUUGAAUUCAAAAAUAACACAGUUAAAUGAAUUUCUUCGGUUAGAUGAACAAAACGACAAUUUUUCAGAAGUUCAGAAGAUUUGUGACCCUUUUCCAGCUGCAACAAAUUACAGCUAUGCACCUGAAAAAUGCCCCAAGGAUGCCAUUCCAAUCGGUGACUUGGCUGGUGUCCUCUCAAGAUUCACCUGUUACCCAGACAAUACAGGAAAUUGUGAACACAACCGGAGAUUUAUUCCAGAGUCAACGUAUGUCAUUGCUCGGGCUUGCAGUAUUGCCCUUCAGGACUUGAUAAACAUAUUCCCUGAUUUGCUGAACCUGGUUCAAUGUUCCUUUCUGAAGGAUACAUUCUCUAACGUUGUUUUGCAUCAGUGCAAACCAUUUAGAGCUUCCACUCGAAAGUUAUGGAUAUCUCUGUUAUCUCUUUCCGUUGUCAUGGUGGUUUUAGUGUUACUUUGGGUAGCAAAAGCUUAUCAAGAUAGGGGAAGAAGCUUCUUACUGUGUUCCAUCAUCCCAAAUCCUACCAUCUAGGCAAAGCUUACUCUAGAUUACCAGCAUGAUAUGCAUACAAAUUUACAGAAAUGUAGUUAGUAUAGCAAUUUUUUUACAGGGAAAGUUUAGUGAUUACGUAAAGUUAUUUGGUGGAUCCCACAUAAGUGUAUAGUCUUAGAUGCUGUUGGGACAAUGCCACCAAUAAAUACUGAAUUUGUUUUCAGUAAAUACACUCCAUGGUGAUAGUAAUUACUCCAUGGUGAUAAUAAGAUGUGGGUUAAUAAUCAUGGAGAUUAAUGUAAUUGCCAAACAGAAAUUGUACAUAUUACAUAAUUGCUCUGUAGUGAUGUUUAUGUGUCUUUCUUCGGUGAGUGCUCUCUCUCCUUUUUUAUUUUUUUAAAUGUAUUGUAUUCGAAUGCUUGCUAGUGGCAUCUUCAAUACUAGCUUUGUCACAAUUUGAGAAGUUUUACCUUGCAA